AAACAUUUUCAAGCAAAAAAUGAAGAAUUAAGUGAGGCUGCAACUUGACGCUCGUCAGGACGACGGACGCUGCCUUGGAAACGACAUAAAUCCAGUCCACGCAGCUGGGUCGCGAGCAGGGACCCAGAUUUCCUCACUUCAAAGGCUUCCGCUCCUCUUCCUCCUCCUCCUCUUCCUCCUCCUCCACCACCUCUCUCCAUCCAUCCAUCGAGCUGCGAACAUGGGCGACCUGAAAUGAAAUGCAGAGCAGCAGAGAAGCACCGGAGAGACGCAUUUAACUAAACGAGAGAAGGAGGUGACGGCGGAGACCGCAGCCAGGCGUAGACCAGCAUGCCGUUGGUGAAGAGGAACAUUGAGCCCAGGCACCUGUGCCGUGGGGCGUUGCCGGAUGGGGUGACCAGUGAACUGGAGUGUGUUACCAACAGCACCUUGGCAGCCAUCAUCAAACAGCUGGGCAGUCUGAGUCGCCAUGCAGAGGACAUUUUCGGAGAGCUGUUUAAUGAAGCCAACAGCUUCUACCUGAGGAUGAGCAGCCUGCAGGAGAGAGUGGACCAGCUGGCCGUGAAAGUCACCCAGCUCGACUCCACUGUGGAGGAAGUCUCCCUGCAGGAUAUUAACAUGAGGAAGGCCUUUAAGAGCAGCACCAUCCAGGACCAGCAGGUGGUGUCAAGGACCUCCGUCCCCAACCCUGUGGUAGAGAUGUACCACCGCUGCGACAAACCUCCUCCGCUCAACAUUCUCAGCCCUUAUAGGGAUGACAAGAAGGAUGCAUUGAAGUUCUACACUGACCCCUCCUACUUCUUCAACCUGUGGAAGGAGAAGAUGCUGCAGGCCACCGAGGACAAACGCAAGGAGAAAAGACGGCAGAAGGGCUGUCCGGCCCACCCUGACAGGCCCCACUCCAGACAGGCCCCACCCAGGAGCCCCCUGUCCAUCUCUGAGCAGCAGAAGCAGGUUGAGGACCCAGGCAGAGAGGUGAAGAAGGUGCGUAAGGCUCGUAACCGGCGCCAGGAGUGGAACGUCCUGGCCUAUGACAAAGAGUUCAGACCAGACGCCAGGCUCACUCCCUCCCCUUACCAUGGCAUGUCCUCAGAAGGCUCCUUGUCCCCUGACAACAGAUCAAUGGCAUCUGACUCCUACCCAGCAAGCCCCAACCACCCCUCCACCCAGGCCCCCAGUGCCGUCCACCCUUCCGACCACACCAGGGACCACCUCAGCGCCGCGGCCCAGACUCAGUCACUGGAUCGAGUCCUCAGGCCGGCCAACCAGCCCCCAGGGCCCGCAGCAGGAGGGCGACAUGCAGCCUCCCUGGGCAGGACCCCAUCAGGACACGGAGUCCAGGCUGGUGGAGAUCCAACGGUUAACGGGCCGAGGCAGCAGUCGGUUAAGGAGUACCGGGCCGGGCACGGUGGCCAGCCCUCCACCAUCCCAGAGUACUAUAUCCCACCCGCCCCUCCUCCCCCGCCACCCCCCCACCCCCCCAGCCCUCUAUCCCUAGCCAUCACGGCCCCGCCCGCCGGCGCCGCCUCCACUGUCCCCCCCACCUCCUCCGCCCUCUCCCGUCCCUACUCCCCUUCCCCUCCUCCUCCACCGGCCAACUACGUGCCCUCCCCCUCCCACCCUCCUUCGGGUGCACCCCCAGCCGCCCCUCCUCCUCCGCCGCCUGGAGCCCCUGCCGGCCACCAGGUUCACCCAUCGCCACCGCACGUCGCUGUCGGCCAGGCUGUGGAUGCAGCGCCAGCGACCAGGAAGUCCACCAUGCUGGGGAUGAUCCCAAUGAGCGACGCACGCUCCGACCUGCUGGCCGCCAUACGUAGAGGCAUCCAGCUGAGGAAGGUGCAGGAGCAGAGGGAGCAGGAGGCCAAGAGGGAGCCCGUCGGCAACGACGUGGCCACCAUCCUCUCCCGCCGUAUUGCCGUGGAGUACAGCGAGUCCGACGACGACUCCGAGCUGGACGAGAACGAAUGGUCUGACUAAACAGUUUUUAAAGUGUGACGGUUGCACGUGGGUGGUGUUCACUGGGAAAAGGAGGGGGUGAAAAGUUGAGACACUGAGGUGGAAAUGAAGGGGUUUGGUUAAUGUUCAUCAUUUACAUUUUAACAGAAAAAAAAUCUAUCAAUUCAAUCAAACAUAAAUUCACACACAUACUGGCAGCCUCUGAACAUCGAGCACUUCUGCAGCGACAGGUUGGCAAUUUCAGCUUGCUCGGUUGCCCCUGACAACGCCUGUUCUUAAACUGAGGUUUGUGUGUCUAACCAUCCAGGGUGUAUAGCCAAAAAACAUGCUCACAUUCACACCAUUUCAGCGCCCUCCCGCCCCCGUCCGCUCAUUUUAAACCACUAACACUCAGCUGUGAAAAACAAACGCACCAUCGUCUCCCUGCCUCCAUAUUUUGAGUGAUAAUUAUCAUCAAUAUUGCAGGUUGAGAGCCUGUAAUAACUGUGGGCCCCCGGUGAGUACGGGGGUAAUGUGUUUACAAAGCACAUGAUAUAGCACAAGAAAAACUAAUGAUAGUGCAAUCUUAACUUAUCUGCCAAAUAUCGAGACAGAAUUUAUGAAAACAAGUCAGGGAAAAAAUAGAUCCUCAAAGGAUGACUCCACCUCGCAGGGCCGUGCCUGUUUACAAAACAUGCGCACCCUCCUUAAGUGACCACACUGCCGUUUCGAGAGUUUGGCUUGUAGGUCACUGAAACAAACAGAAGACAAGAGAAUCAGCUCUAAAAAUGAUCUUUGUGUUACGAACAUUAACAAUUGAUUGAAGCAUGUAGCUAACUGCAUUCUUAUCUCGCUGGGUUUUAAUGUCUGAACCUGCAGAGUGUUGUUGAAAGAUAUUUCAAAUCAAGGAUAAAAUUAGUCUUUGGAGCUAUUUACAAUUUUGUAAGUAGAUCUCCUGUGUACGCUGUAGCUUAAACAGGAAACGAGCAAAUUUCGUCAAACAGCUGAGGACUUUUAGCUAUUGAUAUAGAUUGUUUGUACAGAAAUAUAUUCGCAGUAACACUGAAUACCAAGAUAUCGAGUUUGUUUUGAAAACAUAAUUUGGAUUCUUUAAAACU